AUGAGACGGGCUCCCAGAACAUUACAGGAAUGGUUGUAUUUUAAGUUAUUGGAUAGCCCUGCCUUUCAUCGGUUUGUUAGAAGGAUAUACAGAAGAGUUAAUGGCAUUAGGGAUAAUGCCACCAUGGAGUUCGAAAAGCAAGAGUCCGACCUUCUUUAUAGGCCAACUUCGUGGCAUAAAUUUAAGGCAUUUCGAUAUCUAUAUUGGGAUGAAAUCAGAGCUACUUUCGGGUUCCCCAGAAGGUUUAAUGCUAACCGGUUUAAAGGUAAAUAG